GCACGCGGGUCCCGCCGCGGCGCCCCUCGCUCCCGCCGCCGCCCGCCGCCCGCGCUAAGCCAAUGGACGCCUGCCGAGCCCCUGGAGAAUUCUGGAUACCAGCUUUGGACGCCUAAAGUUUUUCCUUCUUUUUGUUUUAUUACCAUUAUUCUCAUUUUUGGAGGGAGGACGGGGGCAGAUUUGUCGCCGCCACCAACGUGAGAUUUUUUUUUUUCCCCUUGAAGGAUUCCUGCUGAUAUCUGCAGAGUCGGUUAGAGUGAAAACGGCGCAUGCCUUCCUGGAUCCGUAAAUUCUGACGUAGCCCGUGCAUCUUAAAACCCCCUAUAAUAACGCCUAGGCAUUUAAGUUGCUAUGGUCAUUCUGAUCUCAAACCAAAUGGAGAAACUACGGAUUUUUUUUCCUUAUUACGGUCGGAUGGGAUGAAGACCUUCCUGCCUGCUGAGAGCCGGGGAAUCUAUCUGUAGAGAUACAUAGAUACGUUUAUCAAUAUGUCAGUGUGUGAGUAUAAAGUGGUGGCUUCUUAGACUAUCCGUGGUUUGACCUUGAACCUGUGCCAGUGAAACAGCAGAUGACUUUUAUUUAUCCAUUUAAUGGAUUGAAGAAAAGGACCUUUUUUCUCUCUCUGCAACUGCAGUAAGGGAGGGGAGUUGGAUAUACCUCGCCUAAUAGCUCCUGGGUUGGCACCAUCAUUAUUGUUUAUCGCUGUGCUCCGAAAGCCGAGUCUUCUGAUGGCUCCCCUAGGUGAAGUUGGGAACUAUUUCGGUGUGCAGGAUGCGGCACCGUUUGGGAAUGUGCCCGUGUUGCCGGCGGACAGCCCGGUUUUGUUAAGUGACCACCUGGGUCAGUCCGAAGCAGGGGGGCUUCCCAGGGGACCUGCAGUCACGGACUUGGAUCAUUUAAAGGGGAUUCUCAGGCGGAGGCAGCUCUACUGCAGGACUGGAUUUCACUUAGAAAUCUUCCCCAAUGGUACUAUCCAGGGAACCAGGAAAGACCACAGCCGAUUUGGCAUCCUGGAGUUUAUCAGUAUAGCGGUGGGCCUGGUCAGCAUUCGAGGCGUGGACAGCGGACUCUACCUCGGCAUGAAUGAGAAAGGGGAGCUGUACGGAUCAGAAAAACUAACCCAAGAGUGUGUAUUCAGAGAACAGUUUGAAGAAAACUGGUAUAACACGUACUCCUCGAAUCUGUAUAAACACGUGGACACUGGAAGGCGGUUCUAUGUCGCGUUAAAUAAGGACGGGACCCCCAGAGAAGGAACGAGGACUAAACGGCACCAGAAAUUCACACAUUUUUUACCCAGACCAGUGGACCCCGACAAAGUACCCGAACUCUAUAAGGGUAUCCUAAGCCAAAGUUGACAAAGACCGUUUCUUCACUUGAGCCCUUAAAAAAGCAACCACUAUAAAGGUUUCACGCGGUGGGUUCUUAUUGAUUUGCUGUGUCAUCACAUCAGCUCCACUGUUGCCAAACUUUGUCGCAUGCAUAGUCUGACGGAGGCGUGGAGGGGACAUACUGAUUUUGUUCUCCAGGCUCGUCCUCUCUCGGGACCCCCUGCCCACUGCUGCCGGGUGGGUGGUGAGCAGAGGGCAGGAGGCUGCAGGGUGAGGGGGUGAGUGGGGCUGCAGAGAGGAGGGAGCAGAGAGGACCAGCCGAUGCAUGUGGGGAUAGAUGCGCUUUCCCGUCCGAUCUCUUGUCCUUCAUCCUCAUCAGCAGAGCUGCCACACCUGGACGCAUCGGGAUCUGGCUGGCGGCCCGAGGGGGGCCCCGCUGCAUUUUCACAGGCAGGAGGGUGCGGUCUGACCGACGAGACUUUCUCGGUUCAUUGUCACGGGUGUCAUCCCAGUGAAUUUAAAGCAAAGACCUCUUAGUUAAAAAAAAAAAAGAAAAAAAAAGAAAAAAAGUUAAAUUU